AUGGCUCAAAAACCAGUUGAAUAUAAGUAUGGUCCACGAUCUGUCGCCAUCGGUGAUUUCGACAAUAACACGGCUUUGGAUAUGGUUAUUGCCAAUCAUAUAAUGAACAAAAUAGCUGUCUAUUUGGGACGUGGUGAUGGUACUUUUAAAGAUCCAACCAUGUACUCAACAGGUUCCUACUCUAGUCCUUAUAUGGUCACAGUUGCUGUUGGUGAUUUCAACAAUGACACUCGACUAGAUAUCGUUGUCACCAAUUCGGGCAGCGCUGAUGUGAGUGUCCUUCUUGGAGAUGGGAAUGGUUCUUUUGCAACUGCAACAAACUAUUCAGUUGGCUCUUCUCCAUCAUCUGUAGUUGUUGGUGAUUUCAACAACGACACUCGACUAGAUAUAAUUGUCGCCAAUUGGGAUAGCAAUGAUGUGAGUGUUCUUCUUGGAUAUGGGAAUGGCUCUUUUGCAACUGCAACAAACUAUUCAGUUGGCUAUUCUCCAUCAUCUGUAGCUGUUGGUGAUUUCAACAACGAUACUCGACUAGAUAUUGUUGUCGCUAGUUCGGGUGGCAAUGCUGUGAGUGUCCUUCUUGGAUAUGGAAAUGGUUCUUUUGCAAAAGAAACAAGAUAUUCAGUUGGCUCUUAUCCGCUAUCUGUGGCUGUUGGUGAUUUCAACAACGACACUCGACUAGAUAUCGUUGUCGCUAAUUCGGGUGACUGGUCUGUGAGUGUCCUUGUUGGAUAUGGAAACGGUCUUUUUGCAAGACAAACAAGAUAUUCAAUUGGCUCCUAUCUACAAUCUAUAGCUGUUGGUGAUUUCAACAACGAUACUCGACUAGAUGUCGUUGUCGCCAAUUCGGAUAGCAAUGCUGUGAGUGUUCUUCUUGGAUAUGGGAACGGUUUUUUUACACAUCUAAUAAGAUAUUCAGUUGGCUCUUGGCCAUAUUCUGUAGCUGUUGGUGAUUUCAACCACGAUACUCGACUAGAUAUCGUUGUCGCCAAUCUGGAUAGCAAGGAUGUGUGUGUCCUGCUGCAAUAUGACAGAGGAGCGAUAGUACACGAAAUGGCCUAUGCACCUGGCGGUGGAGCUAGCCUACAAUAUGUAGUGAUUGGUGAUAUGAAUAACGACACUAAUUUGGAUAUCGCCUUGGCUAAUUACGGUACUAAUAAUGUAGGCGUCCUUUUUGGAUAUGGAAAUGGCAAUUUCGAAAAUCAAAUGAUGCUUAGUACUGGCUCAAAUUCUCAUCCGA